AUGUAUCUAUUUAAUUCUCAAUCAUGUAAAUCGGUGUUUCGAAACGUCAGAUCUUUAAGUGGUGCAUUUUCAACAAUAAUUAAUUUUACAGUUGUUGAUUUUCUUCGUCGCUCAGAAAAACUAUCGAUAUUGAAUAAAAUAAAGUGUAAUCAGUUAUUUCAGCACGAUGAUAAUGAUUCUUUAUCGUUUCCUGUUCAUCAUAAAAACAAACGUGAUGAUCAACCACCAUUUUUACCAAAGUCAGAUCACAUUGAUCAACUACAUAUAGAAAAAAUUAUUUCGGAUGCAUUUAAUCAAGCACUUCAAUUAACUGAACGAUUAGAAAUACCAAAAUUACUAAAGAAAUAUGAUGUCUUUGAUAUGAAUUUAUUAAGCAAGUAUGUAUUUCAACAAUUAAAUUCAAAGUGGAAAAUGCUUGAUUACUCCACACAAACAAUAAAUAAUGAUGAUAAUGAAUUUAAUCUUGACGAUGAAGAUGAAGAUAAAGAAGAGAAUAAUAAUAAUAGCAUUAACAACAUUCUCAUUGAUGAUGAACAAGCAAUUGAUAUUGUUGGCAAUCAAGAAGACAACGACUAUGAUAGUAUAACUACGAUAAAAGCAAAUUUUAAUGGCAUGAAAAUUUGUGAGGGAAUUGAACCAUGUCAACAUGAUUCUUAUUUCAUAGUAAAAAUUAAUGGUGUUAAAAAAUAUAUACAUAAGCAAUCGGCUUGUUUUAUAUGAUAUACUUUUUCUUCCUUUUAUCUUUCGAUGUUUGAAUUUUUCAUUCAGAAAAACAAAAUGAUAUGCUUCGUUCGGGAAUCGAACCCAAGACAUGAUAGCUGGUUAACCG